AUGGAGGCCAACGGAAACCGCGCAGCGUACGAUGUCCUAGCUGACAUCAACUACUUCCCGGCUACUGGCAACGUCAUUGCAACUCAGGACUGGAAGCCCAGAUAUUUGGGAAUAAGCGAUGACUUCACCCGACAGGUGCUUAUCCGAGAUAUACGCGGGAUGGAAAAUGGAUUCGGACUCGAUAAGAAUGGAUUUCACUUUUUGAAGCUCCCGAGCAGGGAAAGAAAUACCGAAGAUGAUGAGACAAUCAGAACGCAGUGGUAUCCAGAGGUCGCAGAUAUCAUCAAAGAGCUGACUGGUGCUUCGACCGUCCACGUAUUCAACCACUGCCUCCGUCAGUGUGACGAGGCAGUAUCCAAGGGCAAGCUGGAUGCUUCAGGCCGCUGGCUGGCCGCUGCUUCGGGGCAUCCCCACGUUGAUUAUGCAGCACGCCCAGAAGACAUCCAGGGCACGCUAGAGGAGCUCAAGUUCCCCACCGAGAUUGCCCGACGCUUCGAGUCUUCGUCCCGCUUCGCAUUCGUCAACGCCUGGCGGCCCCUCAAGACGGUGCGACGCGACCCCCUCGCCGUUGCUGAUGCAUCCACUGUCCCGGACUCGGACUACCAGAUCCGAGCCCGUCAGUUCAAGCAGAGCGGUGUCAAGUCGGGCAACUAUGUCAUGUCGCAUGGCAGUCGGGAGGAUCAGCACGCGUGGUACUAUAUGCAUGAGAUGCAGCCCAACGAACUUGUUGUAUUCAGAAACUACGACACGAAGCAGGACGUGCCGGGAUGGAGAUUCUGUCCUGUGACCGACAAGGAGCAUCGCCUUGAGAAUGAACAACGUGAUUCAUUGGAAUUGAACCCAACCGAUUAG